UACACCGCACAUACCAUUCCGAUGCGGGGAGUGAUCCUGCCUUAGCCAACACUCUGGACACACACACUUGGCACGACUGACCUCAGCAGGAAGCAAGAGAGAGAAGCUCCAAGAGAGAGAAGCUCCACCCAGGACUUAUAUUGGGGAGACUAGCAGGGAGCCCAUAGGUCACUCUUGAGAUCACCUGGUCACUGGUACCUCCUGGGUAACAAUCACAUGACAUGACUCUUAAAGAUACAACACAAUUUAUAAUACAGUACACUGCAGAACAUAUGUACAGGGGGAAACAGGUGCAAGGGGCCCUGGGGACACUGAAGGAGGCUGCCUGACAGGACAGCAAGGGUACGGGCAACAUCUCCCGUACUGGGCCACCCCAUUUCCAUUUUCCUUGUUGUCACAGGAUUUGCAGUCACCAGGCGUUAGGUAUUCGUAGUUUUUUGUUCUGUGCCCAGGAGUUUUUGCUCCGUCAUUUACAUAUCAGAUCUUCUACUGACAAUUGUAAUUGUGAAAGGCAGGGUACUGUACAUUGUACACAGCAGGUAGGAGGCUUAUCUCUAUUAUGCUCUUUGUCACCUGACCCCUCCUCCUCCUCUGGGACACAUAUACACCUGCAGCAGCUAUUCUGGUGGCUUCAGUGCUCACCAUGGCCUCCACACCUACACCUAUCACUGUGCGUCUGGUGUACGAUGAAAGGCUAUCACUGGGCAAGAGGAUUGUUGACCCCUACCUUGGACAAGACUACUUGAAGUUGCUUCAGGAGUGUUUGCAGAAAAAUCUUCUUUUCGAGGACCCACAAUUUCCUGCUGGUCCUACAUCUUUGGGGUACAACCAGUUAGGACCAUGGUCCCCGGAGACCAGAGGCAUCCAGUGGAAAAGACCACAGGAGAUUGUCCAGUUCCCCCAGUUCAUCAGUGAUGACAUGAAAUGGACAGACAUCCGCCAAGGACAGCUGGGUAACUGCUGGUUUCUUGCUGCGGCUGCCUCGUUAACACUUUACCCCCUUCUAAUGGAGCGUGUGGUUCCUCCUCAGCAAAGGUUUCAGAGUGAUUAUGCUGGAAUAUUCCAUUUUCAGUUCUGGCAGUAUGGCCAAUGGGUUGAUGUUGUAGUCGAUGACCGUUUGCCUACAAGGAACGGAGAGCUGGUGUUUGUCCAUUCUGCUCAGAAGAGUGAGUUCUGGCCGGCCCUGUUGGAAAAGGCUUAUGCCAAGUUGAAUGGCUCCUAUGAGGCUCUGAAUGGCGGCUGGCUCAAUGAAGCCUUUGUGGAUUUCACCGGAGGGUUGGACGAGAGUGUGGACCUCAAAGCUGCUCCGCAAGGUCUAUUCCAGAUGAUCCAGAAGGCUGUAGAGAAGAGGUCACUGAUGGGAGCCGCCAUCAAUAUUUCAAACCAGUCCGAAAGUGAAAUGAGAACCCCAGAAGGACUUGUGAAAGGUCAUGCCUAUUCCAUUAUAGGUGUCGCGGAGGUAGAAUAUAAUGGGCGCAGAAUCCCGUUACUCAGGUUGCGGAAUCCAUGGGGGGAAGUGGAGUGGAACGGACGUUGGAGUGAUAACUCCACUCAGUGGUUACUAUUGAACAAUGCAACUAGACAGGAACUCCAAGUAAAAUGCGAUGACGGUGAAUUCUGGAUGCAGAUGGAUGACUUCAUGCGCUACUUUGAUACUUUGGAAAUUUGCAGUCUGACACCAGACUUAGCCUGUUGUGACUAUGCCCAUCCAUGGAAUGGCAACUCUUUUGAAGGAAAAUGGGUGAGGGGGCACAAUGCUGGAGGAUGCCGCAACUACAAAGGCACAUUCUGGACCAAUCCUCAGUUCCUGGUAACGGUGGAAUCAGACGAGAAGCAUCCAUGUACCCUGCUGGCCUCUCUUCUUCAGAAGGACAGACGGAAGGAGAGAGCCAUGGGGAGAGACUUCCUGGUUAUUGGUUUUGAGAUCUAUAAGUUUGAUGACAUGAGCCUAGUGUCCCAGAGAGCCACAGUGGUCUCCAGCCUGAUCCCUAUGGCUCUUACACCAUAUAUAGCCAAGCGUGAUGUCACCGGCCGCUAUGAACUGCCCCCCGGACAAUAUCUGAUCAUCCCUACAACCUAUAUGCCCCAGGAGGAGUCUUCCUUUACUUUAAGGGUCUUCACAGAGACACAACACCAACUCAAGGAGAUUGACUGCAAAGUUAAAGCAGAAGCAAAAGUGUUCCAGGAGGGUGAACUUCGGAUGAGCAUGGAAGAUUUAAGAAAACAUUUCAUACGACUGUCCGGACAGGACCAGGAAAUGAGCCCGGAGGAGUUACAGAGCAUCCUGGUGCAGACUACCUCCAAACAUGCCCAUCUGAAGACUGAAGGGUUUUCCAUGGAAACAUGCAUCCAGCUGGUGAAAAUUGCAGAUCGCAGCGGGACCGGAAAGCUGCAAUUGGAAGAAUUUCGAUAUCUCUGGAGCAAAAUCAAAGAAUGGGAGAGUCUAUUUACAAAGUAUGACUGUGACAGAUCCGGAACGAUGGAUGUACAGGAGCUGCGCCUGGCACUGGAAGCUGGCGGUUUUCAGCUGAAUAACAAACUUGUGGAGCAGCUGUGCAUACAAUAUGGAGAUGAUCUGAGACGGGUGGAUUUUGACAGCUUCCUAUCCUGUCUAGCACAUCUUGUGGGUGUUUUUGAUGCAUGCCGGAAGAUGGACCAGGACAAAGAUGGCGUCAUCACUCUUGUGGAAUCGCAGUGGUUGCGGAUGACAAGGCUUCAGUGAAACGAACAACCUUCUCAGCACUUACAGAAAAGCCAUCACUGGCGACGGGAAAUUCUGGACAUCGGGAUCGGGACCAGAGAGGAUGGAGAUUACCAUUCUUAAGUCAACGGCUGUAGAACGUUAUAUGUCUCCGCAGAGGCUGUCAAUAAAACAAACUUUACCAACGCACCAUUCUGUGACACGAGAAACACGGGCACAGACGCCUUCAAGCAACUUUUGAAACUCUGUAUUUUUGAACGUUUUUUUUCAAAUAAUAAUAAUAAUAAAAAAAAAAAAAUCAUAUACAGGUUUUUAAAAAGAGGAGCAAAUUUAAUUUACACAGAAGUACUAAAUGUACAUCAUUCUUUUAAAAAAAUCAUUCUACAUUAUAAAUACAGUAGAAAUUCUUUUAUAGUACUAUACUCAGACCGUAAUGUUGGUUGGGGAUCGGGAGGGUGAAAAUGAAGGGGGUGGAUGGGCAUUAAUGAGUUUGGAAACUUUGCCAAAGAAAAUAAAUACCAAACUGGCGAUAACUAGGAUAUAUAAGGGAGCAGGUGUCAAAGAGUACGUCUGUCUGGAUGUGGGGGGCUCUGCUCGAGUGUAGGAAGAGUACACCGUUCUUACUUAAUGUUACUGCAAGUGACUCCGACCUCGCUUUAGUCCCCGCUGCUUUCACUCCUACACGUAAAGCUUAAAGUUGAACAACACUUAUUUUACUUUCAUUGACAUUUUAUUUUCCUGCUAUUGGUCCAUCAUUUAAUUUUGUUAACUUUUUUGGUACAAUGUGCCGAUACAGCUAAAUAUUUUCCACUUCCUGUAUAUGUAUCACAGGGAGAGGGGAUUCUGCACAAUUUUGGUGCUAGAACUAAAUUUUGGGCAGAUUCUGAUAACACUGUCUAAAGAGAAUGCUGAUAGUAUGCCGUAUUCAAUACCAAUUGGCAAUGCCCAAUUGCCAGGUAUCCAUUCCAUCCCUAUGAGGCUCCUAGGCCCAAUCCAUAACUUAGAUUUCAUAAAUCACCAUUUAUGCUACUAUCUUCCACCAGCCUCUUGACACUUGAUCCUCCCUUACCAACUUUGUACAUACAAAAGGAACUUUUAUAUCCCAAUCCAAAGCAGACGUACAAGCCUGACUGAAAAGAGCGGUUACCCGAUCAACACAAUUACCACCCCCUCUCCAAUGUUGGUGCACCCCAAGAAGAAAAAAACAAAAAAAAACAAAGUGAAUAUUCCAUAUUUAGUUGUCCGUGUGCACUGUGCAUUCAUUUGCUAUUUUCCCAGAUAGGAAAAUAAUAAUAAAAAAAUACAACACAGAACAUAAAAAAAUCCCCUGACUUGAUGCUUGAAUAACUUAAAGAAAUA